AUGGUAGAAGUAAAUUUAGAUUGUCAAAAACUACUUUACUCCCUAAAAGUUAUUGUGGAAGGACUUUUAGUGAAUCAAGUGGGAAAUGUUUGGAGUAUUUAUGGAGGAUUAAAUAGGUUACAUUUAGCCGUAGGAAAAAUAAUACAACAUGGUUGUAAAAAAAAUAAACAGACUGGAUUAUUGGAAUGUGAAACAUUUUUUGAGGGUUUAUCUAAAUCGCAGCCUUACCUUUUUAGAGAUAUAGCAAAAGAAAAUGUUUGUGAUAACCUACCAGCAAAUAUUAAAAAAGAAAAAUAUUUAAUUUGGAUAUAUAAGUCUUUACGAGAUCAUCAUCUUUCGAAAAUAUUGUUUUGGCUCUUAUCAGAUUCAAAACUUGUUUGUCAUUGCUACAAUGAGAAUGCUUUUCUUCGACAAGAAAAAUAUGCAAAAGCAGCUAUACUUUGUUUAAAGGCUGUAGAACAAAAGCAGCCUUCUUUACUCACAGAAAUUGAUCCUUCUUUAUAUUUCACAGAUACAAAAGAUAUUAAAUUUGAAAAGAGUCACAAAAGGUGUUUGUCUCUUCCUGAAAAAUUAUUAAAAAAGGAAAAUAUAAUUGAUAGGAAUAAAGAAGUUGAAAUAGAAAACACUGAAAGCAAAUUGUUUGCUUCCAAAGAUAUUGACAAUAUUAUUUAUGAUCAAAAUAAUCUGUGUUGCAAGAGUUUACCUAAUAUGGUUUUAGAAUUAAAUGAAAACAAUCCUUCUACAUCAGAAAGUAAUUCACAAGAAAAAUCAUCUGAAGAAAUUAAUAUACAUCCAGAAUACUUAUGUAAAGAUAAAAAAAACUGUAAAAGAAAAACACUAACGUCUCCAACUGAUAAAAUCAAAAAUUUCAAUAAAAAUACUGACUGUGAUGAAAUCGAAGAUAAAGAAUGGUUUCUUGUUGAGGGUCGAAAAAAAGAGAAAAAGAAAACUUUCAUGGAAGAUGGAGGAACAAGUGUUUUGCCAAUGUCCACUGGUUACUUCCCUAGGCCUGCUCAGGGUCAAAGUUUAACUAGUUUUCUGACAUCUGAAAAUUUUUCCCGAAGAGUUGCAGAGUUGGACAGAGAAAAUGCACAUUUCAGUAUUUCAGAGGCCAUGAUAUCUGCCAUUGAGCAAAUGAAAUGUAAUCGACAGUUGCGACUUGUUGAAGAAGCAAACGAAGAAGACAGUGAUGAGGAAAUAAACCAAUUAAAACAAAGAAUUAGAAUAAGAAGAAGACAACGUCUUGAAGAAAAGAACAUUAAAAGUAUGUGGUCAACAAGUCUACUCAGUGAUGGGAAAACAGAUACCACCGAUCAAAGUAUCAGCCCACCUAGUACCUCUCCGGACACCCCCGAAAGUUUAUCUACCGAUGGUGUAGAUGAUUACGAAGUUGAUGAAGACAGCAAUUUAAAGUACUUUAAAAAUUCCGAUUUAUCUGUUUCGUUAGCAUCACUUUAUUCUGAAGCAGACAUAUCGAAAAUUAAAAAAGAAACUAUUGAAUCAUUGGGAAACGCUGAAAAUGUGGCUUUGUCAUUAUUGAAACAGUUUAAAAAAAAACAAUUACCAAGAGCUUCCGACUUGGAAUGGUUGGUUUCUGAAGAAGAUGCUCCACAAGAAUUAUUGCCUUUACCAAAGAGUUGGCCUGUGAGUCCAGAUGAUGCAGAUUCAUCUAAAACUACGUUUCUUCGUGGUACAACCGACUGGGCUCCCCCUAGACCGCAAGUUAUUUUUACGCAACAUCCAACUCCUGCGCGAAAACUAUUACUUAAAAAACAAAAUUUUCGAUGCGCCGGUUGCGGACUUCGAGUUGCUCCAGAAUAUGCUCAUAAGUUUCGAUAUUGCGAAUACCUUGGAAAAUAUUUUUGUACCGGAUGUCACAGUAAUCAGCUAUCAGUUAUCCCCGGUCACAUUCUUUUCAAAUGGAGUUUCAAAAGGCAUCCAGUCUCAAAUUUUUCAUAUCGAUUAAUUGAUCAAAUGUUAACAGAUCCAUUGUUCCCAGUAAAAGAUUUGAAUCCAGAUUUAUAUAAAAAGGUUAAAGUCCUUGAUAAAACAAGACUGUUUAGAAUGCAAUUGUAUUAUCUCAAAGAUUUUUUAUUUACCUGUCGUUUUGCUCAUCAACUUCAAAAGAAUUUAGAAAAAGAACCUUCUCACAUCUUCCAAGAUCCUGAAAUUUAUUCACUACAAGAUUUUAUUCAAAUCAAGACAGGAGAAUUAUUAUCUAGAUUAAAAGACUUGGUCAAAGAUUGUUUUCAACAUGUUCAAAAAUGUCAACUUUGUUCAGCGAGAGGUUUUCUUUGCGAAUUAUGCCCUUCAAAAGAACCUAUUUAUCCAUGGUUUAUGGAUAAAGUAUCAAAAUGUUCUCAUUGUGGAGCUUGCUUUCAUUUUCAAUGUUUUAAAUCUGGAUUUUGUCCUCGGUGUGCACGAACGACAGCUAGAAAAUUAAAUGCCAUUGACUAA